CAACAAUCGAUUUACCAUGCCCAGAUGGAUGGUCUCAGAGUCUCAGAGCAGUCUAUAGAGUGGGUAGUGGGGUAAAAUAUUAAUUUUAAGCAAUCAAAAUAUCGCUUCAUCCCCCAGCCUGUAUCAGACAGCGUCUGAAACGAUGGGAGACUUUAAAUUCUUCCAAGUUCCAACCUUCCAAGUUCAAAGGCAAAUCGUUUAAUAAAGGCCAGUCAUACCGGUACAGUGUCAUACUACUGGAUAGCGGUACAUGCAUGUACCACCGACCUGGAGUCGAGCCAAUAAACCACUUUUACUUCAAGCCUCGCCAGUUACUACCAGAAGGCCAACACUUCCGAUGGUAUUUAUUUAAUUGACCUACUGGAAUGAACCAUCUUUCUUCUAUCUUCCGUGUUGAGGGCAGUAGGGAGUUACGUUGCACUUUUUCAGUGGAUGAAGGAGGCAUGUCUGAUCGUCCUUUCUGGUCUUUGAGCCUAAGACGAGGCACGUAGACACUGUUUUUCAAUUAUUGCCAAUCGGAGUUCAUGGUCAUCCUUGGCUGUUCCUAUCUAAUAAUAAUUGAGCAUUGUACGAUCAUCCACAUGUAUGUAGCUCUUGAAAGAAUGCCAAUGGGAAACAGUUUCAGAGCUGUUUCAGAUGCUACGGUAUCGGUACAGUUGCAACGGUACAUAAUAUACAUCGUCUAAUAAUUCGUUAGACGUUUGAUACCGCCGUAACUUUUUAGAUUAUGGUUCAUUCGUCUUAGUUUGGUGGAUUGAUAAAAGUCUCACAAACUAGACUAACUGGCUGCUACUGGUGCAACAAGACUUCCAGACUGCAUCGUUGAAGAAGGUCCAGGUGCAUAGAUUGAAACUACCCAUAGUUUCUAACGAUAGCUCAAAGUUGUUUUAAAAGUUUGCAGACCAUGAAGGUUGUCCCGCCGUCAUCCCCCCAGGAGGUCGAAGCACCCAAUCUAUUUCGUAUUUUUUCCAAGUCCAAGAUCGUCGUCGACAUGACGACACCCAAGCGACUCGGUAGUGCGCCCACUUUGAGCAAAUAUUCCGGCAUUUCGAGUGCCGUCGUGUCCUGCCCGCAGCGCAAUGCCACGUUCAAGGCGGCCCGCCAUGUACAAGUCAAGAAAAAGGAACCCGAUGCGCGUAAAUUGGCCCAUGCCACCUUUGUGGAUGAGCAACACAAGCUGCUGAAAGGCUUUGAGGAAUUGACCAUGAAGCUACGAAACGAUAUGCCGCACCCGCCUGUAUCCAACAAAGAUUCCUCCAUCAACGAAAAACAAGACAGUAAUAAUAAGGAAAAGACGACAAAGACCUCGCGAAGACGCAGGUCCCGGUCGGGCAGACGGACACUGACUGACGAUGAGAAAGAUGGAAAACACGCAACAACAAGGAGAAGGAAAAAGGGAAGCAGCAACAACAAGUCAUCAUCCACCAUUCCUCCCAAAACAGACUCCAGCGGUAGCGACAAGUCGUCCAAGCAACCACCCAACUCUCGUCACAAGGCCAUGCGCCGUUGCACCAGUCAUGGAGGUCUCAAUAUUGCGGAACUGUACAGCAGCAACGGCAAACAGGAUCCCAUGAGACGGACUCAAUCCCUGGAAUACGAAAACGAUGGGGAGAAGAAACGCAGGCGAUCUAGCAGCGCCAAGUCUCUCAUCAAGAGAGUGAACAGUACUACGAACAGUAGUAGAACUACUUCUCCGAAACGAGUGGCGGACCUCGAGGAACUCUACGCCCAGAGACGGAAUCAAUCCCGGGACGAGGACAAACCACGCAGGAGGUCCAGCAGCGCAAGCAAGGCUCUCAAGAGAGUGGACAGCAGUACUGCUUCUCCAAAGCGAGUGGCAGACCUCGAGGAACUGUACGCCCAGAGACGACAUCAGGACGAAAAGAAUGGUGACAACAAACCACGCAAGAGGUCGAGCAGCGCAAAGGGUCUCAAGAGAGUGGACAGUACAUGUUCGAACAGUAGUGCUCUGAAGAAAGUGGACAGCGAUGUCAGGCUUCGUCGUCAUCGUUGGCAAGCCACUCAUUCCAAACGAAAUGUCAUGGAAGAUGAGCAGGAUGCUACUAAAGAAGAAAAGGAUCAGUCUCCUGAUCCCUCUACGAAACAACCCGUUCGAACGACGGAUAUUUCGUUGGCGGCGUCGUCAGACCACAAAGCAAAUAGUGGUGGUGGUGAAAGCGUCAGCACAAAGACAGCCCACAAGCCCCGACGUCGAAGGUCUCUUGGUUCCAGUAUUCUCUGUACUGGAAAUGCCACCGCCGGUGGAGCACGGACCCGACGAUGCCGCCGUUCGUCCACAGUGGGAAAUGUCCAGCUUCGUCGCGCUCUGUUGGAUCAGGAGGGACGACAGUCCAGCAUAAGAGAUCUGGAAGAAGCUAUGAAACAGGAGCAGCAAGAAGCCCUAGACACCAGUCGAAAGAGCUUGCCAUCCCUGUUGAUGUCGUCGGAGCACCGUGAGGGUCACUGCUUGGAGGAGACAUCUCUCUGCCCGGAUGCUGCCGGAAAUCCUAAUCAUGAUGACGUCGCGUUGGCUUCCUUGGAGCGCCGAUCCAAUCUCUCGAGGAGGAGUCUCUGCUAUCAUCAAAGGUCUACCUCAUUGAGGUCAUUGCUGGUUGACCAGGAUGUUGCUACAGCUGGCAAUCAUCCUGAGGAUGACUCGUUGACUUCCUUGGAGCGCCGAUCCAAUCUCUCGAGGAGGAGUCUGAACUAUCAUCAACGGUCCACCUCGUUGAGGUCUUUGCUACCAACAGGAGCAGAGGACGGUGGUGACAACGACAACGACGACGACCCGACUCGAGGAGUGGAGACCGGCAGUAGCCUCUUGCACGCUUCGACGUCGUCGUCUCGUCGAUCGAAACGAGACUCUGCUGCUGAUAGUGGUAGCCUCUUGCACGCUUCGAUGUCGUCACGUCGAUCCAAACGAGACUCUGCUGCUGAGGAUAAUAAGUUUGACUCGUUGGUGCAAGCGGCGUUGAAUGAAAGUUUCAACAGUUCCUGCAGUUCCACCGCAAGUUCCGUUGUGUCCACUGCUUCCUGUUCGUUUGUGUUUCCAAUGGUAAGGCAACCGCGCAGCAGUUUGGUGUCCAACAAGGAGGACGGCAAGAGCAACGGUAAUAAGGCCCUGCACAGCUAUUUGUAUGGCUCGAACGGUGGGGGCUUUGAUGAUUUGACGGAUUUUGACGAGGUUACUUUUGAUAAAUAAUUAAACUUCCGCUGUAAUGAUCGAAUGAUAACAUAACGAAUUCAUGACG